GAUUGGCAGGUCGUUCGAUUGCUGCGCUGGGCAAAACGCUCCCGACUCGGGACCCGAGGUUGCAGCUGUUGCCGUAAGCGCUGAAGAUGUGGAGCAAACGGAUUCACUUUGUGCAUGUCACGCUCCCUAUUUCAGCCCGUGUCUGAAGCACUGCCUCCGCUUGUCAUUUCACCUUUUGCUCGGCCGAGUUCAUUCACCCCGACUCAAGCCAUGGUUUCGUUCCACGCUCUAUUCGUCGCCGCCACGACCGCGCUCGUCGGUUCUGCCGCUGCCAACGAGGCUGCUGCUACCAAACUGCCGGUGUUUUUCUUCCACGGCGCUACGGGCAACGCGACUAACGGCGCUGAGAUCCAGGCCAGUCUAACCGCUGAGGGCCGCACGUACGUGGCGCUUGACUUCUGCCAGAACGCUUGUUCCGUCCGCACGUCCCUCUCGGACCAAGUGCAGAUGGCCAUCAAGCAGAUCCGCGGCAUCAUUGCGAAGAGCCCUGCUACUUACGCCAAUGGCUACCAUUUCUUGGCUUACUCGCAAGGUGGUUCAGUCUCUCGUGGUGUAGUCGAGGAAAUGGACGACCACAACGUGCACUCAUACAUUAGUAUGGCUGGUGACGGCAACGGUAACUUCUUCGGCCCUCAGGCGUCGGACGCCGUGCCGCUCCAGGUGCUUCUGCAGGCUCUGGGCCCAUUCGCCAUUGAUAAGGCCGACUUCGACUUCGCCAAAGCGACCUCAUUCAGACUGUGA